AGUAUCUACUGGAGUUAGUGGAAGGGGACCAAGGCACCUUUGUGCGAGGAAGAUCAAUUCUAAUAAUAUUGUGAUUGCCAUCGAGACGCUGGAGGUAGUGCAGAGUGAGGGGCGGGACAUGGCGGUCCUUCUCCUUGACUUGGAGAAGGCGUAUGACAAGGUGGGGUGGCCGUUCGUCCUUACCACCAUAAGGCGGAUGGGAUUUCGGGAGGGGGACUCUGCGCUUGGAUCAAAGCCUUACCUCAACGGGACAGUUUUCCUGGCUGACGGCUCGGUAGGUUCAUUCGGCAGAGCCUGGGUCAGAAAGGGUAUCGUGAGAUUAUCCGAUCUCUGGUCCUCCCUGCUUGGGGGUUGGAAGCCUCUAUCAGAGGUAAGAGUUGUCCUCAUAGGCUUACAGGAAGUAGAGUCCCACUGGAGGGCGUUGAUCAACGCCCUCCCUCGAGAAUGGACGACCAUCCUAGGUCCGCAAGGCACAGACCCAGCAGGCACAUGGUACAUCCCUCAACAGGCGAGGGAGGAGGACUUGGUCCUAUGGAAACUGUUGGAGAUACUUCCGAGUGGGUUCAAACGGAUCGAAAGGUGGAAGUGUACGGGUCCUGAGAACACGUUGUACUUGUUAGAGGAAGUCACAGUCCAACUCUGGGAAAACCCUGCGCAAGCACGUGUCCUGGAGGUUUGCAGCAAGAACCGCUCGGUCCGCAUCCUCACUUGGGUUCGCAGGCUACCGCUUAACCAGCUCAGUAUCGACCCGACAGCAUGGAGCUGGUCGGCCAAGGACCCGGGGAAGGAGCCCCUGGACCUGCACAAUUACACGGUGGCGGCAGGCUAUAAACAGUACAGACAUAAGCUCAAGUCACCAGCGCAACGGGCGAUUCCUCUGUGGCAGGCUGUAUGCGAAGAAGACCUCUCGGACGCGGAGUCUGAUUUUGAGGGACUGUGGAGUAUCAUGUCAUCCCUCCCCAACGUCAAGCAGGCACAUGCGGAAGUCGAUAGUCCUCCUCUUCUAUGUUCUUAUGAGGACUAUGCUGCCCGACUCAUUCCUACGUUGGGUACUCAUGCUCAAGGACAAGACAUGUGUGCGGCAUCUUCUCCGUCCGGUAGCGGUGACUUGUCGUCCUCAAGUGGUUCUUCACGGAAUUCGGCGCACGAGUUCAACAUAGAGGUAUGGGACCCACUCACGUCCGAGGAUUUUGCAUGGCUUCCUCUCUUGACCACGGGCCGCUUGCCGGGACCGCAAUGCGCAGCAUUAUGCGCUCAUCUUCACACGUAUCUAUCCUUCUAUGCACCACCAACUUCGCUGACGGAUGACGAAGCUGCAGUGGGGGACAUCAUUGUGUAUGUUACCAAACUGGCUCGCGAGUUUCGCAAGCAGCGGUACAAUGACAACAACGCUCCGCUCCUCUAUGUCCGCAUCCAAGUUGGGCAAGCGUCCUGCAGCGCUUUGCUGGAUAGCGGCGCGUCUCGCAAUUUCAUGAGCCAAGCCUUUAUGCAAAGGGCUGGCCUUGGCACACAAGUUCGGAGGAAGGCAAACCCGACGACGAUCAACUUGGCGGACGGAAGGACGCAACAACUUAUCGACCGCUACAUCGAGGCCGUACCGGUGUAUUUCGCACCUCACGCAUGCGAACCGGUGAUGUUCGACAUUUUGAACACGGACUUCGACAUUGUUUUAGGAAUGCCUAGGCUUGCAAGUGCGGAUCACAAGGUCAACUUCCACCGGCGGACUCUUACCGUUCGGGACGCCUUCGGCGCUGAAGUGUCGUGUACUAUUCCUCUUCCGCACCCUCCGAUCCGGUGCCAAGUGGUGACGGCCAAGUCGUUCCGGGCUACUUGUGCUUACGAGCAGCCCGGCGAGAUAGGCCUAUGCUUCCUACUGACCGUCGCGGUAGCCGACUCUUCACCCACGGACUUGUCUUCGGACCCCCGUGUGGUGCGGUUGCUUGAUGAGUUCGCCGACAUCUUCGAGUCACCUACCGGUGUGGUGCCGGAUCGGCCGAUCUCUCACGAGAUCAUUCUUGAGGCCGGUGCCGUGCCACUGAAAGGUUGCAUUUAUCGCAUGAGUGAGGAGGAGCUUACGGUCCUCUGCGCGCAACUCGAUAACUUGUUGGACAAGGGCUGGAUCCGCCCUAGUAACUCCCCAUAUGGAGCACCAGUUCUCUUCGUACGGAAGAAGAACAGAAAUCUACGAUUGUGCAUCAACUACCGCAAACUCAACGCACAAACCGUCAAGAAUGCGGGGCCUCUUCCUCGUAUCAUCGAUCUUCUUGAGCGAUUGGGCGGCGCGACGUACUUUUCUAAGCUGGAUCUGAAGUCCGGAUAUCAUCAGAUUUUGAUCCGGUCGAACAAUCGCUAUAAAUCCGCGUUCAAGACGCGGUAUGGGCAUUUUGAGUGGGUGGUCAUGCCUUUUCGCCUCACCAACGCCCCGACGACCUUCCAAGCGGCAAUGACCAACGAGUUUCGUACGGUGUUGGACCGGUUCGUGCUGGUCUACUUAGACGACAUUCUCCUCUACCCCAAUGGGGGCCUUCCAGAUGCAGCGCUCAACAAGUUGAUGAAGAUGGCAUCCACCGUAGUCAGGUUCACAGGCCUCAAGAUGCUGAGGCAGGACUCCAGCAGUAACCUCUCAAGGAUGCUCAACAAGUUUCAGCAGGUCUUUAGUCGGCCUGACAUCCAUGCAUCAAUUCAGGGAACACGUUUCUUGGCGGAGUAUACCAACAAUCACCACCUUACUGUCCAGGACUGUACUUGUGAAGUCAACUUUUUUUUGGUUGCAUCAUGGCAAGCUCAAAAUCAUCUUUUGGGCGACACAAGCGGAGGUCAUUAUCCUCAUCAUUUGCAUCUCCCAUGGCCGAUGGUGUGCAAGGCUAGCGAGUUCGAGAUCGACAUCCCCGGCGAUGGGGUAUUCUUCGGGUGGAGCCUCGGGGUGAGUGGGCGAGUCCUUGAUGGAGGGGGUCUCGGCGGUAUCGCGGGGGAAAUGUUGGGACAGUACGGCUCCAAUGGCGAAGUCGGAGGCAUCAGUGGUGACAUAGAAAUGGUGAGUGGGGUCGGCGAUCUUGAGGACAGGGGCCGUGGUGAUUGGUUGCUUGAGGAAGUCGAAAGUGUGUUGGCGGCCAUCGUUCCAAUUGAAGGGCUCGUCCUUGCGUGUGAGUCCGUGAAGAGGGUAAGAGAUCUUGGAAAAGUUGAGAAUGAACGGGCGGUAAUAGUUGGCAAGGUCGAGGAAGGAACGGAGUUGAAGGAGGGUCUUGAGCGGGGGGUACUCGACGAGGGCUGUGACCUUCGAGGGGUCCAUAUGGAUGCCUUCAGCGGAGACAAUGUGGCCAAGGAUCGAGAGGACUUGGCGAAUGUGCUGAAGGUGGGACUCAAAGGUGGGGCUAAAGAUGAGGAUGUCAUCAAGGUACAAGACGACACAGACGUCGAGGAGGUUACGACAGAUGUGGUUCAUGGUGGACUGGAAUGUGGCGGGGGCAUUGGUGAGUCCGAAAGGCAUUACGAGGAGCUCGUAGUGCCCGGACCGAGAGCGGAAUGUGGUCUUGUGGGUAUCCUCCUCGCGGACACGGAUUUGGUGGAAGCCACUGCGGAGGUCGAUCUUGGUGAAAUAUUUGGCUCCUUGGAGGCGAUCAAGAAGUUCAGAUAUCCGGGGGAGUGGGUACUUGUUCUUGAUCGUGAUCCGGUUCAAGGCACGUUUGUGGAGACGGCGGGGUGGAGAGGAAGAAGGCGGUCGGGAGGCACGAUCCUGGUGUUCCAUCCGCAUAAGGUGGGCGGCCUGGAGGUCCUCAAUGGUGAAUUGAGAGGGGUCGAGAGAGGCAGUGUCGAAGUCGUCAUCGAAGGUGGGUGGAGUGGCGUCGUCAGGGGUUAUGUUAUGGAAGAAGCAGGGGCGGAAAGGAGCGGGCGUGGACGGGUGAUGGGGGUGGAGGAGUCAAUCGUGGUGAAGCAUGCGAGAGAGGAGGUCAGCAAGAGGCAUGUCGGGUUCGUGGGCGAGGGCGGAUGUGAGAUCUUUGUGGCAUACUCGCUUGAUGCGGGAGAUGAACGCAGAGUCGGGAAUGACGGUGGUGGGGAGGUGAUGGCGGAGGGAGCGAAUGUAUUGGACGAAGCGGUCCGUGGGACCGGUCUGGCGGAGGUGACAAAAUUGUUCGAGGUAGUCAUCGAUGGUUUUCUGGGGGCGGAAGGUGGCAGUGAGAAGGUUGGCCCAUUGGAGGAAGGAGUGACACGGUCCUCCGGAGGCGCGGCGGUUGCUGACUUCGGCCAUCCACCGUUUGGCGGCAUUGUCGAGGAGGCGGGAGGUGGCAAUGGGAAGCCAAUGGACAAGGGGCAUGUGGUGGAGCUUGAAAGAGUUUUCGAGCUGGAUAAGGAAGAGGAAAACGUCCUCGUGGGGAAGGCGGGAGAAGGGCAUGAUGUCGGCGGAUCGGAAGGAACGGGGGAUUUGCCCUUCGCGGGAAACGAUCCGGGCGAGGGUGUUGAAGUUGAGGUUAUCGGGGGUAGUGUCGUAGUAGGUGUAAUCGAAUUGGAUGUUGUCGUCAAGGAGGUAGUUGGGGGGAAGUUGUGGCAUUGCGGGGUAAACCCCGAAGACAUGUUGAUGGAAGAUUGGGUCAUGGUGGGGGAAGAGGGGGUGGAUGACGGGUCCAGAGCGGAAGUGGAGGCGGUAGCAGUGGAUGUGAUAGCGGCAGCGGUGGCGCCGGCAGCGGCAGCGGCAGCGGCGUUGGCGGCGGCGCGUUGGGAGGUCUUGGUUUGGCGUGGUGGCAUGUGGAGAUGGGGGGGACAAUUCCUAUUUACAAGAAUAGAGCGUCAUCAAUCGUCGCUGAUGUUGAAGCGUGGCAUCUUGUAUGCUUUCGAGGCAGCUUCCGGUCGUGACUGCAGUUUCGUGAUGUCCGUCUUGAUGGCGACCGCUGUGCUGCAGAUCGUGGCCGGACCGUGCCACAUCAGCAACAGUGCCACGUCAGCAGUGCCACAUCAGCAGUGCCACGCCAGCAGUGCCGCGUCAGCAACAGUGCCACGUCAGCAACAGUGCCACGUCAGCAACAGUGCCACGUCAGCAGUGCCACGUCAGCAGUGCCACGUAAGCAACAGUGUCACGUCAGCUUGCCCCGCCACCAUGACGGGCGCAGCUCUGGGCAUGCCAGGCCAACUGGCCAACGAGUCUCUUGCCGACUACAAACAGCGGUUCCAGGAUCAGCUUGCUUUGAUCGAGGCUGAGGAACAGCGCCAGCCGGCAGCCGAGGCUGCCCGCCUACAGGCUGAAGCAGCGGCAACAGCUGAAAAGCAGCGGCUACAGGCCGAAGCAGACGCAGAUGCCCAGGCACGCCGCAAGGAAGCCCAGGAUCUGCUGCGGCGGCAUGAAGCUGCCAGCAUCGAAAGACUCAAGUUCAGGCACUUUCAACCGUCCAAUGGCGACGACGCGACACCGGAAGAGCCGCAUAAGGAAUUCCUUUCCAAACUCAUGACACGGUUGUUGUACGCUUGCAACUACCAACAGUCCGAGUUAGAGAGACAGAACCAGGAACUGCAGCAACAAUACCAGGAUCUGAAGACACAGCACCAGGAGUUGGCGAACCUCCGCCGGAUAGUGUAGAACCACGAGGAUGCUACACGGGCACUCAAUUCCCGUGUACUGGACCUGGAGCAAGCCGUACCAGGACCAGAUGGUGGUGAGUCCAGCAGUGCACCCUCUAACAGCCAACUGGAGCAACGCGUCGACCACGUCGUUGCAAUGCUCGGCGACAUCAGCACCUUCGCAACGCCGACCACCAUCAGUAAUCAACUGGAUACUUUGAA